AUGGUUGACGCCGCCGACAAUGUCCUCCUCUACUACUUUUGCAGUAACCGCGACAAGAAUCGGAACACCGCUUUGACCAUCAUGAGAGGAAUCCUGCAUCAAUGGAUCAACCUCCAUCCGCAUCUGGCUAAAGAAAUUCAAAACUCAUUCAAAGGGGCGGAAACAGCCAAAUAUACGAUUUCCAGUUUUGUCGUGUUGUGGAGGGCUUUCCUGACUCUACUUCAGCAGAGCACGUCUUCCCAGGUAGUCUGUGUUCUGGACGGCCUGGAUGAAUGCGCAAAAGAAUCACUCAGGCAACUUCUUGAUGCCUUCGAGAAUUACUUUUCGAAGGCUGGGGAAAGGGCAAGGUCACCACUGAAGCUCAUCAUCCUCUCCCGACCUCAGCCGGCUGUGUUGGAGAGCAAACUCGGUCAAUCUUUGCAGAUUCAGUUAGACACCUCCGACACGGAAAUUUCGAAUGAUGUCGAGAGAUACAUAUUUGCUAAAGUUGCCGAACUGGCAUCUGAGCAAAAACUUUCCGAAGAGAUGGUCACGCGGAUUCAGCAGACCUUGCUGGCUGGCGCCGAUGGGACUUUUCUGUGGGUUGGAUUCGUUGCCAAUGAGCUUCAGGGCAGGAGUUGGAGCAAAAUCGAUGAAGUUCUCCGCCAUGUUCCUAAAGGCCUGGGUGGGAUUUAUCAGCGACUUCUUCAGCAGAUCGGCGACAAGGAAGCCUUGGUCCCCAUUCUUUCAUGGGUCGCUCUCGCUGCGCGGCCGCUCACACUGGAAGAAUUGACCGUGGCUGCUGGGAUCAAGAGGACUGGUACUCUUCCAGCAACGCAAGUCACCAAGAAUCGUCUUAGUAUUGGCGGGUUGCUUGUGAAGGUCAAAAGAGAUGUCGUAAACUUGGUUCACGAGUCGGCAAAGGAGUUUUUUCAGAGCGAUCAAGUCAACAUCAAAGGGAUUAAAAUGUUCCAUAUGGGCCAGGAUACUCACAGGACUCUCAUGCAGACCUGUUUAGCACAUGUUGAACGCGAAUACGGAAAUCCUGCAAGGGUUCACGAAAUGUCUGGCCAUGAUCCCUUCUUAUCUUAUGCCAGCCAAUACUGGCCGGUGCAUUUCCAACAUGCCAUUUAUGUGGCCGAUACACUGUCCGAGCUCUCACGUCCAUUCUUCAAAGUCGAAUCUCCGAUCCGGGACGAAUGGUGGAAAGCCUAUUGGGAGCAGGAGAAGAACGGCGGAAGCCCACCCUCCUUCACACUCUUGCAUUUCGCGGCAUACUUUGGCAACGUACCCUGGGCUAAGCUGUUGAUCAGCAAGCAUGCCCGCCUAAUUUCGCGAAAGGACAACUACGGCCGGACGCCGCUCUCCUGGGCUGUUAACCAAGGCCACCGAGAAAUGGUGGAACUGUUGCUUGACCAUGGUGCGCGUGUCAAUUCCAAAGAUCGAAGCAUGUUGACGGCACUCCAUAUUGCGGUCACCGGGCAGCACCUCGACGUUGUGCCUGUGCUGCUCGAACACGGCGCUCAUCUUGAGGCCAAGGCGGAGCAUGGCGACACAGACACGCCGUUGGUGCGAGCCAUUCUGGCGAAUUCGAGGGAAAUGACGCAGGAAUUAAUUGAGCACGGAGCGCGCGUGGACAAAUUACCAGCUCUUCUGGGAGUUACUUUCUUGAAGGGACCUACUGAUCCGGUGGACGAACGGGUGAAAGAGUUACUUGGGCUCCACAAGCAGGUCUUCCUCGCACGCUUCAAGCGUUCGUCGCGAUUUGUCGACCUGGUCAUGAAAGGGCUGGGCCUUUCCAUCCGCUUUCCCCUCAUUCUCGAAUUGAUGUCCUUCUAUCUUAAGUUUGUGACAUUGAACCGUUGGGACAGUCUGUCUGUACUGCAGGAGCUCGUGCAGGAGAACAAAACGGACGAGCUGCGAGAAUGGGCGAAACUGUACCAUGUGUUCUUCUUGGGGCUGGUUGUCGCCAGGGAUCCGAAAAGGCUGAAGGCCAUGGGCGACCUAUCGACGCAGAUCUUGCAGAAGGCUGCACCCAAAGAUCUUCAGGCACUGCUAGCCAUCACGGUCUUCACCGGUAUGGAAACGAAACUCGCGGCUGUCCGACACGGAUGGAGAGAAGGAGAUGCCAUCACAGCUGCGGCAAUUUCAGAUUGGGCUACCAUCGCCUGCGACAGAGACGCAUUGGAAUUCUUUCACUUCGGUAUCCGCGAGUUUUUGGCCGAUUUCGACGGCUCUGUUCGGAAUGGGGAUCAGGAGGAGGACGUAUUUCGGACGACCUUACUCAUGACGGGCCACUCCACCAUGAUCGACAAACAGGAACCAGGGCCGAUCGAAUAUUUCUCCCGAGUCGUCGCAGAGUUCUUCGAAGGAUACAUUGGCAGCAGUUACGAGACUGAAUUGUUCAGCAAUGCGAACCAGGCAUGCGCUAAUGAGCUAGUCGUCAUCAGCCAAAGUCGCGACUCUGCCAGAUUGUGUCUCUUUUUGACCAGCAUUUUCAAGUUCGCUCAGCAGGCCAAUGAGAAGGGUCAGAACCGCUUUCUCAACAUACCGCCGGCAGCAUGCUUGAUCCUCUGCCAGGAGAACGCCACUGCUCACCGAUGGCUGAUUGGUGAGGCCAUCCCGGAGGAAAUAGGGGCGUUGGUUGCCAAGGAACCUCCGGGGUCGCUGCAGAAGCGGGCUUGGGCUUACAGAGACAAAGAGUGGAACAACAUCUGA